AUGUACCUCGAUCCCUUUGGGUCCUUGCGAUGGUUAUUUUGGCCUUGGUGCCAAAAACUGAAAGCAUCACCGUUGCAGAAAAACAAGCGAUCAAGAAAGGCUUGCAAACUGGGAAAGAGAUUUUGGGUUUAAUAGCAGACCAUAAAUUUCAUGAAACAUUAACAAAAGUUGCGACAGAGGUAAAAGGGUUCCUUGGCGCUUUGGGUCCAUUCAUUGGCCUUGUUAUGACAUUCGUGCCAUCUGCAGAUUCAGCAGAGUUGGAAUUCAUGAAAAAUAUGAUGACAGCAAUAGACAACCACUUCGACCGAGUAGAUUCCCGUUUUGAUGAUGUUGAACGGUUAAUUGAGUGGACUGAAACAGCUGUUAAAUUUGGGGAAAUAGAAACAGCACUCAAUGCUUUGGAGGAAGAAUAUCGUCUUUUUUAUAAAAGUACUGCGUCAUCAGGAAACAGGAAAGAGUUGUUUAUAAAGAGCUACGACAGCAACUAUAAGCUUGCAGGCACAAAAUUGUACCAGGCAAUAGUCAACCCAGGAGGUACAUUUAAUGAGAAUCUUGGACAGGCCGUUAUGAGGUACACAAAAAAUGAUCGCAAGAAGACAGAAGAUUUUCUUCUUGGAAUUCUUGAUAUGAUUUUUCAAGCAAUUCGACUUGAAGCUGGUUAUUACGAAAUGAAUGCUUUUACAACCAUAAAAGAAGAAAGGAACAAAGAAUGGGAAACACGAGUACAAAAAGUAAGAGAAAAACUAGAAGAGAUUGACGUCGCUGUUAUGAAUAAGUACCAUGCCCAGUCUAAAGAGGAAAUAUUAGAUUAUGCCAGGGAUAAUUCCGGAAUGAGUAAUGAACAAUUUAGUCUCGGAUUGUUCAGUUCAUUAGAGAAAAAAUAUUAUUGGCGGGUGUGGUUUGUUUUAAUUUACAAUCCGAUAACUGGCUCAAAUAAAAAUCGUAUGAACGUAUGUUUCGGACAUAUAUUUCUUCGACAAAACGGACGUAGCAUCGUGGUCGCGAGCAAGGACAAGAAGCAACAGGAGAUGGAUCUGAAUAACGCAAAGAGAGAAUUGCAAAAGUUUUCACUCGAAGUUAUUCGAUUGCAUAAUAAUUUCGAGUUUCUGGUGGAGGUUUACUAUAAUGGCCAGAGUAGAAUAUCCAACAUAUACAAUGCUGAAGAAUAUUUUAACAAAGCUGAUAAAACAAGUUCCUGUAGCUUUGCUGUCGUGGAGAAGGACGCUAAUGUAUUUUACAAAGCCAGUGAGAACAGAGUAGCAUACCGUGAAUUUUUUGCAUUUAAAUUGUUCAUGUUUGUUUAA